AGCUGAUAACGUUUCUCAGUAUUCAUAGUUUUCGUAUAAAUAACGCGUGUUCUUCCGUUACAAACAUUGUCGAGUUUGUACACAUACAGUAAACAUGUACAAGGCUGUGCUUUUUGUCUGCGCUCUGGGGCUCGCGAUCCAGUCCAUUGCUGGAGCAUGUCUUGGGGCUGGAUUAGGGUAUGGCCUCGCUGAGCCUUUCGGUUACGCCGGCACUCUCGGUGCUCCUUGCGGAGCGUACGGUAGUUACGGUGCCUACGGUGGCUACGGACUUGGUGCCGUCGGUGCGUCCUACGGAGGAGGUCUUGUAGUAACCAGUGCUUCUGAUUACCCUACUGGAGUAACUGUUCUCUCUGAAAACUUCAUCGAAGGACCUUUAGCUGUAGCCGGUGCUCUGCCAUUUUUGGGUACUGUGGGUCUUGAAGGUAUCCUGCCAACCGCUGGUGCUGGUGUUGUCUCAUACGGCUGUGGCAACGGAGAGGUCGCCAUCUUGGCUGAGGAUGUUGCUCCUCUUGGUCUCGGCUACGGUGGACUCGGAUACGCUGGACUUGGCUACGAUGGAAUUGGCUAUGGUGGAUUCGGCUACGGCGGUCUCGGCUGUGGUGGUCUCGGCUACGAUGGACUCGGCUUCGGUGGUCUCGGCUACGGUGGUCUCGGCUACGAUGGACUCGGCUACGGCGGUCUCGGCUACGGAGGUUUCCGUGGAGGUUGUGGAUGUGGUGCUCUCAUCUAAAAACUGACUGACUGACUUGCGACUUCCAAAUUAUAAACAUUCUCAUUUCGUUUUGGAUUCAAUUUUUGAACUAAAUGUAUUGAAAGUAACAUAAAAAAAUUAUGACAUUCUUUCAAAUGAUCUUGAAAAUGCUGUAUUCGUGAUGUGCUGAACAUUUCGAUAUCACAAUAAUGUCUUCGAUAAUAAAAUAUUUAUGAUAUU